AUACUUCGGUGCUGAGGAGUACAAGCGACGGGUAACUCUUCAUCCCGGGAACUUUAGUCUGGAAAUCCGUGAUCUGCGGAGAGAGGACGCUGGUGAUUAUGAGGUGAUUGUUGCAGCGAGUUCAGGAGCUGAGAAUAAAACGACAGUGCGACUGGAGGUGUCCGCUGCGACUGGGGCUCCCCCUCGCACUGUGAACGGAGCUCUGGGACACUCGGUCUCCUUACCUCCCGGGAUCCCAGUCGGACCGGACGUUGCUGAGGUUGACUGGAGACGGACAUCACCCAGAACCAGGAUAGUGAAGUACUGGAAGGGGCACAUUGAAUACUUCGGUUCUGAGGAGUACAAGCGACGGGUAACUCUUCAUCCCGGGGACUUCAGUCUGGAAAUCCGUGAUCUGCGGAGAGAGGACGCUGGUGAUUAUGAGGUGGAUGUUGCAGCGAGUUCAGGAGCUGAGAAUAAAAUGACAGUGCGACUGGAGGUGUCCGAGCCCGUGUCAGGAACAAAUAUCACAGUUCAGAACAUCACCGGGACCUGCAACCUCACCCUGACCUGCUCCGUGACCUCAGGCGACUCCACCAGCUUCAGGUGGUGGAGGGGAGGAGAAGCUGUAGGAAACGACACCACCCAUCACCUCUGGGAACACGGAGAGACGGUAGAGAUUCAUCACACAGCAGAGGUGGAGGAUGUUGUGUACAGGUGUGAGGCCAGGAACCCCGUCAGUGAGGGCACGGCACAGAUCCGGCUGUGGGACAUCUGUAAACUGCACACAACUGCGCCCGAUACAACAACAACACUCGAUACAACAACAACACCCGAUACAACAACAACACUCGAUACAACAACAACACCCGAUACAACAACAACACCUGAUACAACAACAACAUCUGAUACAACAACAACACCCGAUACAACAACAACAUCUGAUACAACAACAAUACGCAAUACAACGACCCUGCCGAUCAUUCUGGAGGUGCUGCUGAUGACCCUCCCGAUCUCCGCUCUCAUCGUGAUUCUCUGGGUCAUCUGGAGGAAAAGGGCUGCAGGCAAAAGACGGCAUUUACACGGCUUUGGGAGAACACCACAUUGAUACGAAUGAAUCUCUGCAGCUCCAGACUCCUGGGAAGAUGAAGUGAUGGUGCCGAUCGCCUGGGCUGUGGUGCAGAGGGUGGGGGUGUGGGAGGGGGAGUGGGGGGGGGGGGUAACAGCUCAGUCACCCAGUCCUUGUCGCCGUCAAGACCGUGAUACCCAACAUGGUUUGUGUGACUGUGGGGACCCUUUGUCCUUCCUCCUGUCCUUUGAGGCCAUUCAGCCCCUCAAGUCUGGGACAUGGGGACAGCAGGAAGCCAAUCAGCCCCUCUAUGUUUGGGUGGGGGUCAGGUUGUGGUGAAGGGGAACAUGAGGACUGGGGACUGUGGGGGUGUUUACAGAGAUCUACAUGGGUGGGGGCAGGAAUGCUUUGGCUCUUGAAAGCAGGAGGUGAGGCACAUGUGGUCGAAUAGCUCAAGGGACAACCUGCUGCUUCACUCAUUCGCCGCUCUCAGUUCUCUGUGGAUUCACACUGUGCAAUAAAUUCAGCUGAAGAGAGGUCUGGGGUCGUUAUUGGUUCAGACUUGGCUUCAGUUCAGGCUGGGGAUUCAAUCAUAGUCAAACAAAGGCCCAGGCUGUGUGGUCUAGCUCUGAAAUCCAGCCCCAGGCUGUGUGGCCUGGCUCCAAACACCAGCCCCAGGCUGUGUGGCCUCGCCCAGGAUUUGCAGCCAGACCCAAAAUGACAAGCCCAGGAUUUCAGGCCCUGCCCUGGGAGAAAGCCUCCGUCUCAGGCCUGUUGCCAACACCGGCCUCAGCCACAAGAAGUUCGCUCCGAUUCACAGCACAGACAGGGAAAGAACAACGUUAAAGAUAUCAGGAAGAAACCAGUUCCAUUGGAAAUGCCUCGGGGAGACUCCGUCACUCAGGUUCUGCCCUGAGAGAGUUCCAGAGCCACACAGCAUGGAAACAGGCCAUUUGGCCCAGCAUGUACACACUGACCACUGGGCACCCGUAUUGUGGAGGGCCACAACUGUCAAGUGACAGCACUGCCCAUUACCUGGUCGAAAGACACACCGCUGUCAAUCAAGGUUUGGCUCCACCCCACACAUCAGUGCAUACCUGACCAUUGGCCCCUUUAAGCACCUUUGUACUAGGCCUUGGGCCAUUGGCCUUUGUGAUCCUUUAGCCCCUGCUGACACCAGGCCAUUGGCCCCCUGUAAAUUACCUGGGCUGGACCUCCCUAGCCCUCCAGCACUAUAAGAAGUGCCCCAUGUGCCCGGUUCAUGCUCUUUGAUUGCUCCGAGGGAUUCACCCUGCUUUAUCCCAGUCCGAGGAACUGCUGAUUACAUGCAUUGACGCUCUGUAUUUAUGUUUUGAAAUAUCCAGAAAAUAGCCUUUAAAAAAAGCGAAUGGUUCCUGGUGAUGGGGUGUGUGUCUCCGGCCCUAUCGAUGCGGAGCGGGGUGGAGGGCGGGGGGGGGGGGGGGAAGCACAUGUAAACAGAGCGGAGGGGAGCGAGCCGAGAGUGAGCAGCGAUGAAACGCCGCACGCAGAGCAGGGACAGCGGGGGGGAUUGGCGGUGCAGGCAGAACAGGGGGUUUGCAGGUGAACCGGGAGAUGUGAAGGGAUUGCAGAUCGGGCAGGGUGGAGCGGAUGGCAGCACGGAGAGGGACCCGGGAGGAUGGUGGAGCGUCUCAGACGUGCUGAAGUGAUGCAGGCCGUGCAGAGUGAAGGGGGAGUUCACCAGCCGGCAGAGGGAGGUGCGGAGGAGGCCUCGCAACCCCACGUCAUAUCGUUGUAAAUUGUGCUAAACCCUCACCAACACAAUUUUAUUAACCAAUGGUCAAUAAUAAAUAUUUUAAAUAAUAAUAAA